AUGAGGGUUGUGUGGUCUUCUCCAAAAGUAAUUUCAUGUAUUCAUCAGACGAAGCGGCAACAUCCCCCUCCAGGUUUUGUGAAAAUCAAGCUGGAUGGUGCUUUAGAGUCUACUAUGCGUAUAGCGGUUGUGGGGGCUAUUACCCGAGAUACCGCUGGCCAGGUACUUGGCGGCAUGGAUGAACCUUCACCAGGUUGUGUUGAAACUAUGCUUUCGAAGAUUCAUGCUUUGAAUGCAACACUUUCUUUGGCUAGUGAGUAUCAGUGGAUGUAUGUAAUCUUUGAAUCAGAUUCAACACUUGUAGUCAACAAGAUGUCUCGACCGGAGGAGGACUUGUCCACGUUGGGUUAUCAUCUUAAGGAAGCUCGUAGGAUUUUAGAUGUUUGUCCCAAUAUUAUUACAUCUGUUGUAUCCAAUGAUUUUUCUUCUGGUAAUACAAGGUCCUGGGGAACUAUUUUCCGCUUAUAG